GAUCAAAUAUACACUGAGAGCACAGUCAACCUUGAAAGCAAGUCUGUGGAAAACUAGAAAUGUGCACACAGACACCAGCUGCACACACACGCCGGGUGCUGCUCUUUUAAAUCCACCUGUUCACGCGCCUUCCUGCGGUGUCUGCUGCGCUAUAUGGAUGGUUUGUCAGGGAGAGAAAACAGCAUUAACGCCUUGUGCAUGAAGUGACGAGGAGCUCCUCUCAUAACACAAUGACAGCACGUACACAGCAGAGGUCCUUCUGCCGUUGCUGAAUGGAUUACAUUCGUAUUCACCUCUCCCGAAUGGUUUUGCGCAUAACCUCCUCAUAUUAGCUUCCAGUCAUCUCUGAGAAGACCGCUGCCUCUCUAUGAUUGCAUGAUCCCCUCAGCAAUACAUUGGGCACAGAUCGCUGAUCACGCCAAACGCACUGAUCUGCGACCAGCUUUUACUUCAGAGUCACAUCACCGCUGCUGGGUGGACGCACUGCUGAUCUGGAGAGGAUUUCUGCAACAAUUCGUUGCAAAAAUUGUGGGGGGCCAAGUCAUGGUGCCGGUACCGCAGCGGCUUCUCAUGGUACCGUGAGAACUUUCCUUCUGACUCCCCCCUUUCCCCCCCUAUUUUUGUUUUAGAUGUUUAUCGGCGGGAUCGUGCUUCGUUGGGAAAUUAUCCACCGUUUCCCCUUUCAAUUAUGUUCACCUUUGCUGCCUUCUGCUACAUGCUGUCUCUGGUCCUCUGUGUGUCCCUGAUCUUCUUUGCAAUAUGGCAUAUAACAGCUUUUGAUGAGCUCCAGGCUGACUUCAAGGUGCCGAUCGAUCAGGGCAAUCCACUCCAUGCGAGGGAGAGACUGCGGAACAUCGAGAGGAUCUGUAAUCUGCUGAGGAAGUUGGUGCUACCAGAGUACUCCAUACAUGGACUCUUCUGCAUCAUGUUCCUGUGUGCCCAGGAGUGGCUGACUGUGGGCCUCAACAUCCCCCUGCUUUUCUACAACACGUGGAGGUACUUCCAUUCCCCAACGGACACAAAGGAGCUUCUCUACGACCCGGCAUCCGUGAUGAAUGGCGACACGCUCAAGUUCUGCCUGAAGGAGGCCUGGUGCAAGCUGUCCUUCUUUGUCCUCUCCUUCUUCUACUAUCUCUACUGUGUGUGGAACCUGGACAUAUCCCUCUAAUAGGUCUUAUCAAUGGAAACACUUAAAGUAUGAUCUACUCCUUGGUUACCUCAUAACAACUGAUUUAUCAGCAACUGGAGAGAAACAAAAAACCUCUGGAAACACAGACUGACGCUGUUUCGUCUAGAAUUGAAAGACAGGAAAUUUAAAAGUGAAGACGAGAAUGAAAAAAACAUUUUUCGCAGAGAAGCCAAACAACGAACUCGACAGGGCUUCAAAGCAUCUUUUCUGCUUCGUCUCCUUAAGAAGGAAGUACAUGUUUUAUGCCCGACUGUACAUAAAAACUGACUGACUAACUCCUGUUUACAAUUUGACUGGUCACAGAGAGACCCGAGUUAAUCACUGCCUGGCCAACGUUUGUACCACACACACACACACACACACACACAUUCACACAUCUCCACAGCCUCCCCUGGAGUGAUACCGUACUUACUGUACAGUAGCAGCACUGGUAGCCCAGAGGACGAAGAGCACAGUAGCGUUUGCACAGUUUGUCUCAGGCACAGCAUGGUGAAGCACUGUCCAGCCCAGCACAGCUCACCGACCGACCCACAGUCGAUCCCCCUCAACGCCUCACCAACCUUAGCUUCACCGGUGAGUCACUAAUGAGGGAUAGAUGAACGAGUGGAUGGACGGAUCACACUGUACAGACAACCGUUCCAUGGCCUGUGGGUUAUCUUUCUAACAUUACGUGAAUGGCUUUUGUGACGUGUGCAUUUUGGUGUAUUCUUUAAUAAAAAGCAUUUCUAAUUGAGUUAAUCUAAGGCAAAAGGAGUUCUAUACAGCAAAUGCCUUCUUAAUGUUGUCCUAGUGUCGUUCUAUUGUGGGAAACUUUUCUAAAACUCAAACUAAAAACUGACACCUGUCAAAGCUUUUAUAGUAGAGGAGCACACAUUCUUUGCACAAAUAGUGACUUUGAUCUUGCACAAUAUCUGGCAAUAUCUGGCUAUAUAUUAGAGAUAAUUUGUGAUAGUCUAGCCACACAGGUGAAGGUCUUCCAACAUGUAAAGAACUAUCCAGCCCUAUUUGAAGCUGGGGAGACAAUGUGAAUCUUUUCUAGCUCCAUUUACACCAUGGACCAAAAUGUUGUGUUUUCAGUAUUUAAAUUGAUUUAUUUAUGUCUAUUUGAUGAUUUGAUGACUUGCUCUUACGAUCUUAAACGACAUAUUAUUUUCCAAUGUAACCACACCAUGAUAAGCAUGAGCAGAGAAUAAAGCAGAGGAUGAGAAAGGUG